UGUGGUCUUUCCUGGCAGUUUAUUAACCGCUUCCUUUACGUACAUGUAUUUGUUCGAGGUAGUGAUGACAUCAAAGUAAAAGCGAUGAUAUUUAUUGUAAACUGUUUGCGCUCUGGUGUUUGCUAGCAAUACAACUUAGCAUCAUCAUCAUCAACAGCACCGAGCCAAGGCUAACAUAGAAACCAGCUUCCUGUGAAUUUAAUGAUGACUGGUGGUGUAUUUUUAUCGCAGCAUCACAUAGAUGAUAACUCAAGGAAUGUAAUGUUAUGAGUUGAAAUUAAAAGUUCAUAUUUUAAAUGAGCGCUAGCUGCUGUUUGGCUGGCGUUGUCGUUAGCUAGCUAACGAGCCAGUGCGCAGCAGAUUGAGCUGUUGUAGUUUCCUCUCGAGCUGAACAGAAAAGGCUACAAAAGGAAUUAUUAGCCAUGCAAAAUGAUCCACCCCCAGGAAUGACUCUUAACGAAAAGAGUGUACAAAACACCAUCACACACUGGAUUGUCGACAUGGAGGGAGCCUCUGGCACACUGUACGAAGGAGAGAGAUUUCAGCUGCUUUUCAAAUUUAGUGGUCGAUAUCCUUUUGAUUCACCUCAGGUAAUGUUCACAGGAGAGAAUAUACCUGUGCACCCUCAUGUGUAUAGUAACGGCCACAUCUGUCUAUCUAUUCUAACGGAGGAUUGGUCGCCAGCCCUCUCAGUGCAAUCAGUUUGUCUUAGCAUCAUCAGCAUGUUGUCCAGCUGCAAAGAAAAGAGACGACCGCCUGAUAACUCCUUUUAUGUAAGAACGUGUAACAAAAAUCCAAAGAAGACAAAAUGGUGGUAUCAUGAUGAUACAUGCUAAUGUAUAAACUUUGUAAUAAUCGUAGAAGAAAGAAGUCCUACUGACCUACGUAAAGCACUUUUGAAUCAUUCAGUCUUUGAACUCUGACCUUUGACUGGAACAAUGGACACCAUGCGCUGGAGGCUCUUGUCUGCAUUCCCCCCCUUCCCCCCCACCCCACCCCACGCGGGCAGUUGGAUGCAUGUUUUAGUCAGUUGUAAUAUAAACAGCAAAAAUAAUGGAACUUUUUAGAUGCACCCAAGAUGGAUCGUUUUUGGCAGAAAGAUAGUGAAGCAGCAAGCAAGGUGGAGUCGUAGUGAGAUAAUUAUAAUUCCUGUUUUAAGAUUAUUAUUGUUACUUUUUUGUUUGUGUGUGUGUGUGUGUGGGUGCAUUUUUAAGGUCCUUGUGUUGUGCAAUAAUAACUGAUGGAUGCAUGCUUGGGCCUACAAAGAGAAAUCCAAAUCUUAUCGUUUUCUGGACGGGAUCUGAACAUCACAACCCGAGAAAACGCUUCAUCUAUUUGUUUUUGUUUUAAAUGAUAUGCACUGUGAAAGUAUGUAGUUUAAAAAAGGCACUAUUAUUAGAACGUUAUCCCCAACUUGCAGUUAUACAGUAACCAAGCGGUCCUCCACUUAUUUAUCAGGUUAAAGGGUUUUAGUUUGUAACCACUGUAUCAAGAGUAAAACAUCUUCCACCCUGAGACCUGGCUGCAGCUCUUCUGCUGUUAGACAAAAUGUCAGUACGGAUGUGAAUUAAACAGAAAAGCAGAUGACCUAAGAGUGCGUCUCCUCGUAACGUUGGGCUGAGCUCGUGUAGGGUUCACCGGUCCGGCCUUGAAGAUGUGCAGUGGCUUCUCUUCAUUUAAAGAAUGUCUGCAGGAGUAGCGUGAUCCAUUUUUAUGACGUUUUUUUUCAUUUCAUGCUUUAAUCUUCUAAAAUGGUUGAUUUUUUAUUUUUAAUUUAGCUGAAACUUUAUAAAGGAGAGUUGUGUUGAUGGGUCAGUAUAUUUAGGAUUUUUUUUUUGUAUUUGUUAUUUAAUUUAAAUCUUCGUUUUGAUCUCCAGAAUGGGAAAAGAAUGAGGAAAAGGAGUCUUAAUAGUUUGAUUCCCCUGCUCAGAGUUUUGGCUCAGGUACUUUUUUCAAUAAAGAGGAUCGCCUCUAAAAAAAAUACUUAUCAGAUAUUUUGAAUUUAACUAUAUUUUCACCAAAAGAGACUGUUAUGUUGUAAACUUAUAACACGUCUGAUACUAUUGUAUAUAAGUCUUUAAAUUGUUGGAUGAAGUGAAAGACUAGCAGAGGAUGCAUUUACUUUAUAGCAGAAUGAUGAUAGGAGUGCUUUAUUUCAUUGGAAGUUAGUCUGCAUCUUUUGCUAAUAAGGGUGUGUGUAUAGUCGGUCGGCAGCAAACAAAAAAAAAGUUUAGUAGUUUUACAGUGGGGGUGCAUGCCAUUUUAAACCCUACUUUUUCUUAUUGGCAUCAGACAUUGUGACAACUUUUAGUCUUUCCAUAAUUUAGGCAAUGGUUUAUGGGAUGGAUAUUACAAACGUCACCUCCAGAGGCUGUGUGGCUCUUUAGUCAUCAGACGGUAAUCACUCUAUUCCCACAGAAACGAUUAUCGCCAUCCAGACAGAUACUUGAAUUUUACAUCUUGGGUUGUUUGUAUUGCAUUUGCUUUUUUCCAGGGUCUAGCUGAAUGAACUUGAGUGAAUGUGAUGAUACUCUAUACUGUAGAGGAGAUUACCACGGCACACCGCUAUCUCAAAAACUAUAUUGAUAACUUAAAGACAUCUAUUUAACCAAUGAUUUCUUUUAUUAGCUUCAUUGUAAAAGUCUGCUGUCACGGCGCUGGGAACAAGACGACGGGCCUGAAAAUGAUUGUGAAAUGCAGUCGACAGCGUUUGUGUGGGGACACAAAGUCACCCAGUAGAUCAGGAGACAUUUGAAAAACUUGAGAGUGAAAAUGUUACAAGGGUUUGGAUGUGACUUGUUUUUUUUCUGUUUUCUUUUCUUAAGUUUUUUUUUUUUUUUUUUCUCCUUAAUGUGGUUUGAACUCUUAGCUUGCAGGUUGUUGUGAGUGAUCAACACUGAGGGUGUGUUAUUUAUAUUUGACAUUUUGUUCUGGGAUGUGCAAGGUCCAUGUAAUAGGUGCCUGUUCAUUUUCAUAAUCAAUAAUAAAAGCAAAGAUUCACUUUUAUUCAA